AUGUGUUGGAAAGACUACUUCGGGUUUAGCGAUCGACUGCGUUCCAUACAGUCUCUCACCACGAGCUAUCAGCGGACAAACUCUUCAAUCGCAUUUGCAGAUGCUUUAGCCCGUGCAAAGGAAACCGAGGCUGAGGCCUAUGAGACUGCUCUCACCAAAGAAGAAUACGAUUCUCAGUGUCAACGGGCGAUUGAUGUGGCCGAAACAGAAGGCUCUUCAGACUCGGUGAUCACUGAACCAGACCAUGGCCCAAAUGGCAAAGACGAGGCACAUAGCUCACCCGGAGAAGUGAUUGGCGAAUACACCGGUUGUUUCCCUCACUUCGACGGUAUUCACUCUUCCAUAUACAAAUCAAAAAGACCAGAUGGAAAUGCUGUGGCCGUUAAAGUCACCAUUCCCCAUAUGAUGACCGCUCCUCAUGACGCGCACCGCGAGGCACGACUCCUCCGUGAAGCUCACCACCCAAAUGUCAUGGCGCUGACAGAAACAUUUACUCUCGACGGUGGACGAUUUGUGCUGGUCUUCCCAUUCCUCCAGUACAAUUUUGAACAGCUGCUCAGACAGGAUAUGGUCACUGCGUCUCAGUCCAAGUCAAUUCUGCGAGACAUGUUCGUGGCACUUUCCCAUUUACACGAGCUAGGGAUCAUACACCGAGACUUAAAGCCUUCGAAUAUACUGAUGAACUCACCCAACGGACCGGCCUACCUGGCAGACUUCGGCAUCUCCUGGAAAGACGGCCCCCCUGAAAUUCUGUUCGGCUACAGGGCGUACGGACCAUCUCUCGACAUCUGGGCUGCCGGAUGUGUAAUGGCGGAAGCAAUCACAGUUGGCCAUCGGCAGCUAUUUGACUCCGGCCCCGUUGGCAGCGAUCUGUCGUUGAUUUUCUCUAUUUUCAAAUUGAAGGGAACUCCAGACGAAGAACGCUGGCCGGAAGUGACAAACUUGCCAGACUGGGGCAAAGUGGAAUUCCAUGAGUUCCCCAUCCAGGCCUGGGAGGAUCUCUUACCAGGUGCAUCUUCCAACGGGCGCGAUCUAGUCAGCCGUCUUCUGUGCUAUGAGAGUAGCCGAAGACCCUCCGCUGCAGAGGCGCUAAAUCAUCGUUAUUUUGCAUGA